UUGAAGCCUUCCUUAUAAGGAGUGUGUAGGUGACACACAAUGUUUAUCGCGGGAUUUUCAAUUAGUAUAUAUACAUGUAGACGCCAAACCUGUGAUAUAGUAGAACGGCUUUAAACGACAACAGGAGGAAAAGAAACCUUACACAAGAAAUGGCUGGACAGGGAGUUGUGGUGAUAGAUCUGGGAUCUGGGAGUGUCAAGGCUGGUCUGAAGGGAGGUAGCAGCCCUUCUUGUAUACUGACAGAAAAAAAUCAAAAGAGUGUCCUUAAUGGUGGCAAGUAUCCUAUUGAGAAGGGACUCGUGACGAACUGGGAAGACUUUGAGCAGCUUCUCCGCAAUACUUUCACGGAACUGGGUGUCAAGCCCGAGGAAAAUGUCGUCCUCUUGUCUCAGCCCAUGACAAACACACAACUCAACAAGGAGAAGAUUGUCCAGGUCCUGUUUGAGAGGUUAAAUGUUCCAGCGGUGUUCUUAGCCUACACUAAUGUCUUGUCUCUGUAUUGUACAGGGAGACUGAACGGAGUUGUGAUGGAAUCAGGUGCAGGUGUAUCUAACUGUGUGGCUAUUUACCAAGGAUACGCCAUGUUAGAUUCUGUUGUGUCUAGUGACUUGACAGGUAAACAACUGACAAACUACAUCUCACAAAAACUUAAUAAUCCUGGUCUUGAUUUCGAAACCGUCGACGAAAUCAAGAAGGCGACAACUGGUUUUACUCCCGCUACCGAGGACAAAAGUUAUACACUUCCAGACGGAAGCUCCGUCACUGUCGUCCCAAAUGAACAAAGGGCUCCAGAGAUUUUAUUGGAUCCCUCCCUCGCCAACAUGGACACUCCUAGUAUUCCGCAAGCCAUAGUGGACUGUAUCGAGAAGGUCCGCACCAAGCACGGCGAGGAGCGUGCCAAGGAACUGUAUGAUAAUAUCGUACUGAGCGGAGGAAACACUGAUUUCACUGGACUAGAUAGUCGCGUGGAGGACAUAAUAAAAUCCAGGAUGGAAGGUGUAAGUGGAAUAAAGGUGACGAAAGCCGCACAGUGUUCAGCGUGGAUAGGUGGAUCUAUCCUCGGCAGUCAUGACACAUUCGGGGACAUUAUUUUAACGAGGGCUGAGUAUGAUAAGGAGGGAGCACAGGCCAUUGAAAUGCAAAUUCUGAUAUUGGACGUGUCUGCCUGUAGGGAAUGUCAGUCAUUGAUAAAUACAUUUGAAACUUUAGAAGCUACUGUAUGUGAUUGAAUACAAGGCCUUUAUCGCUGAAACUUUAGAUGUCACAUUCAUCACUACUUGCCUUACGAUGCCCCACAUCAUCUAUCAUUAUGUAGUAUCUGACAAUUUACGUCAACUUGUGUUAUCUAACACAAUUAUAUUUAAAUUUAUUGAAUCAUUUUUUAAAGAAAAAUAAGUAUGAAAAAAGCGAUUAAAUCGCAAUCGCUUUUUUCAUACUUAUUUUUUUUUUAUAACGUUUUGGUCCGUCGUUUAAUUUUCAGUCUUAAGACGAAUUUUUUUUUUAAUACCAGAUUUCUGAAUCUUUUUUUUUUUUUAAAUGAACUGCUUUGUACAAUUGUAAUUGCAUUGAAUAAAUUGAUUAAUAUGUAAA